AGGCCAACUUGUACCGUUAACGAAACCGGUAUAUGUACACAUAUACCGGCUCCAACUACGAUGUCCGUCGUCUCGACUACUCAAUCUCUGCAUUGCUGUUCCCGCAGUCCCGGCAGCGACGGCGCCCCAGCAGGCAGCGCGACGACCAAGGUGGCCAAUAAGAGCGUGCAGGCGGGUUGCGUGGUGUGCGACCCGCUUCCCGAGAUCAUUCGACGCCCGCACAUCAUCGUCGAAGGUGUCGAACCGGUCAGGAGGUCCAGUCUGCGCAGCUCGGAUAGCACCAGUGCAUCGCCGGAGUCGGGCAGUUCGAGCAAAAAAUCUGUCUCUUUCAGCAUAGGAAACAAUGUCAUCACCAGAACCUCCACAAUCGACUUCCGACCUAAACGCAACUUCAUCGCACAAAUUUCAUGACAAGCUGAUCCUGAUGGGCUGAAGCUGAACUUGAUGGGCUGAAGCUGAACAUUCACAUUUUAGAAUAUAUUCUGCAAAAUAGCGCGUAUCAGGUCGAUGGCGCAUGCUUACACUCAAUCUCGUGUAGAGUUUAGAUGUUAGGUAACGCACGGCAGCAAAAACCGGUGCUUCUUUUUUCGUAAUAUGAGCGUAGCUUUCUUCUUUUCAAUUAUGUGGAAGUUUGGGCCUGUUGGUAAGACAUGACAAAAACUUUAAGCACACAACCAGACCAGGAAGUGAAAGAAGACGGGAGACACACAUAGCGCGCGUGUGUCUCCCAUCAUAUUUGACUGUCCUCGUCUG